AAUUAGAAACAGAAAUUUUUAUAAUUCCAUCGAUAUAAUACGAGAGUUAAUUUCAAUACGAUAAAAAUACAAAUUCUUUUCCGAUUUUCUAAAAAUAGAUUUUUUUUUCUAAAAAGAAAAUAAAUCGAACAGGUUUGCUUUUCUAUGAAAAUCUCGUGCAAAAUUCAGUUGAAAUAACGUUUCGGAGUCGGCGAAAAAGAACACUGUUCUCAAUUCAUACUCAUAUUCGUCUGCAGUUUGCAUCAUUUUCGACACAUAUAUCUCCUACAAAUAUAAAACAGAAUGCCUGGGCAAUCAGCGGUAUCGACAAAGCGACGGGGUUCAUUGAAACCACGCCGCGGAUCCAUUGUGCCAGUACAAGCAUCGAAAGAAAUGCCAUGGGACCUGUUCGACAGACUAUUACUUCCCCUAUUGUGCUGUCACGCUGUGGCCAUUAUUUUGUCUGGUUUAUUAAAUUUAUUAAGAAUCUCACAAGUGUCAACAUUCACCCUCUUUAUAUGGUUCGCUUUGUCGGUUGUUGGAGCUAUUCUAUUUUAUCAUCACUUGAAGGUAUCAGCUCCCGGCAAAGUUAUAUUGAUUACUGGUUGUGAAUCACCGUUGGCUUGGUUUUUGGCAAGGAAACUCGACGAACUUGGCUUCACCAUUUUUGCUGGCUUCACCAAACGAGCAUGCGAAGAUGCCGAUCAACUGAAAGAGGAGGGCACUGGUCGCAUUACCAUUUUACAACUCGAUGUAACUUCGGAACGACAGAUGCUUGAAGCUUCGUUGCUAAUUUCCGAAAAUCUACCAGAGGGAACACGAGGAUUAUGGGCAGUUGUUCAUUGCGCACAAUGGGUGGCGUUGGGUGAACUUGAAUGGGUUCCUUUCCCCGUUUUACGUAAAUCGAUCGACAUAAACUUACUGGGUGCCGCCCGUUUAACGCAAAUUAUGUUACCAUUGGUACGCCGGGCUAACGGACGGAUUGUAUUUCUAUCAUCGGCUCUCUCUCGGAUUCCCGCUCCAGUUCGUGGAGCCCAAUGUGCUACGCAAGCUGGCUUGGAAGGAUUGGCUGUGUGUUUGAGACAUGAAUUGAAACCGCGUGGUGUUGAUGUGUCAAUUGUAUCAGCCGGUGAAUUUGCAGCAGGAACUGCUUGGCUAUCUGAGUCGUCAAUGUUGGAACAAGCAAGAAACAUGUGGGCCUUACUCAGUGAUGAGCAAAAGCAGACAUAUGGUGAGGAUUAUUUCGAACAGGCACUUCGUUCUCUGGAGAAGUACACCAAUGUGGAUGCCGAUAUCUUGCCAGCUGUACGGGCUUUGAUCGACGCUUGUAUUCGUACGUUCCCAUUGCCUCGCUAUACGCCAGUGACGCGUGGAGAGAAAAUUCAAACAAUCAUUGCCGAACACUUUCCACGUUCCGUUUACGAUAUCUUUUAUGCCAAUUAACAGAACGAGCCGCCUGGACAUACACGUCUCUGAUUUUAUUGAUUAAUGGUAUACAUUUUGUGUAGAUAGAGCCAACAGCAUUUCUUAAAUGUGUAAUAGUUGUUUAAAUUUGCGACAAUUUUUUUUUCUCGAAUAUUUUCCGGCCGAACUAAAUCAAUUGUAACGUAAAUAAAAUUCAAAUGAAACAUUUA